AUGGGAGGGAAGGCCUUUCCAGACAAAAAUAAUAUAUAUGUAAAUAUAUAUGUUUUCAGGCUUUCUUCUUUUAUUUCCUUUGUUCUCUUUUUUAAUGGGACAACAAUCGCUUUGGUUUUCUUUUUCUUUUUCAAGAAAUGUCAUUUUAAAAUCUUGACAAUUGAAUACCCUCUCUUGCCCUUUUCCAAGUUUUGGGUGCUGAGGAGAAACAUCAGCCUCCCUCUCAUCCUCCCAUCUUGUCGCUCAGAGACAGGCAUGCCCCUGCUCUUCGUGCUAGGCUGCAUUUUCUUCCCACUGUGCUUCAUUGUCCUACGCUGGGGCCUGCAGAACCAUGCCAGCCUGCGGAUGGAGAGACAGGAAGCUGUCUUGGUGGCAUCCAAGCUCGUGUCCUCUGUCCAAGCCAUCAUGGCCUCCACAGCUGGCUACAUCGUCUCCACCUCCUGCAAGCACAUCAUUGAUGACCAACACUGGCUUUCCUCUGCCUACACGCAAUUUGCUGUGCCCUACUUCAUCUACGACAUCUACGCCAUGUUCCUCUGCCACUGGCACAAGCACCAGGUCAAAGGGCAUGGAGGGGACGACGGAGUGGCUGGAGCCCCGGGCAGCACCUGGGCUGUGGCGCGCGGCUACCUGCACAAGGAGUUCCUCAUGGUGCUCCACCACGCUGUCAUGGUGCUGGUGUGCUUCCCGCUGUCGGUGGUUUGGCGACAGGGCAAGGGGGAUUUCUUUCUGGGCUGCAUGUUGAUGGCAGAGGUCAGCACCCCCUUCGUCUGCCUUGGCAAGAUCCUUAUCCAGUACAAGCAGCAGCACACGCUGCUACACAAGGUCAACGGGGCCCUGAUGCUGCUCAGCUUCCUGUGCUGCCGGGUGCUGCUCUUCCCCUACCUGUACUGGGCCUACGGGCGGCACGCGGGCCUGCCCCUGCUGGCCGUGCCCUUGGCCAUCCCGGCCCACGUCAACCUGGGCGCUGCACUGCUCCUGGCUCCCCAGCUCUACUGGUUCUUCCUCAUCUGCCGUGGAGCCUGCCGCCUCUUCCGGCCCCGCUCCCCGCCGCCCUCCCCCUGCCAGGCCCAGGACUGA